ACGCUCUUCCUGGAAAAAUAUAUUGGAUAGAGGCAACGCUGAUCAUGUUAUCCAGCGGCUACUGGCGAUAGUGACCAGCCGUGGUAGGAAAUAUGCAGCCCAAUUGUGUCAAUCGCUAGACAUAGUUGCUGGCGGUAUCAAACUGACAAAGCCGUAUAGACCUUGCUAUUAGAUUGCAGUCACCACUGUUACGAAGAAGACGAAUUCAAUAGAAAGUGUAAUAAAGGAAACAAAAAGAAGAAGAAGAAGAGAAGAUGAUGAUGAUGAUGAUGACGAAGAAUGUAAGAGAAGUUGACAGCAAAGAGCGACGUUGGAAGUUGGAGGUUGGAUAUUGCCUGUUUGGGCGCCAAGUUAGGGUUUAGGGCUUGCUUGGAAAUCAGCCCGCUUAUUAAUUAUUUCGGUGUGUGUGUUCGACUUUCGCCCCGAAACGGGAAAGAGAAACUUCUUCUCUUCGCUUCUCUGCUGCGUCGAGAAUACUAAAACCACUACCGUAACCUCUUCCAGUCUUGUCGUUCGCAGGAAGUGCUCGUUAUACACGCUCGAACCGAUAAGAUGGCGCGCCGUCCAGCAAGAUGUUAUCGCUACUGCAAGAACAAGGUGGGUUGAACCUUUUGAAAUGCUCCCGUUAUCAUGCGCUCCCGCGGAUUGCACUCGGAAGAAAGAGAGGGGUAUCAGGAUAUCUCGUGGAUAUGCGCCUGGAUUCGCUGUUGCCAGAGAUACAGAAUGGUGGAUGCCGCAUUCGAGAUGCAACCGUGGCAGCAUUUUUUUGGACGGAUACGAAUACACGUUGAGAGGAAGGAUAUGAGGCUAACUUGGAAAUAUCUAGCCAUACCCCAAGUCCCGUUUCAACCGUGGUGUCCCAGACCCUAAGAUCCGAAUCUUCGAUCUUGGACGUAAGAAGGCCAACGUGGAUGACUUCCCUCUCUGCGUCCACAUGGUCUCCAACGAAUAUGAACAGCUGAGUGCCGAAGCCCUCGAAGCCGCCCGUAUCUGCGCCAACAAGUACCUUGUCAAGAUUGCCGGAAAGGAAGGUUUCCACCUGCGUGUCCGUGCCCAUCCAUUCCACGUCGUCCGUAUCAACAAGAUGUUGUCGUGCGCUGGUGCCGAUAGAUUGCAGACCGGUAUGCGUGGUGCUUUCGGUAAACCCAACGGCUCCGUCGCCCGUGUCAACAUCGGCCAGAUUCUCCUUUCCGUCCGCACCCGUGAUGCUCACCGCGCCACCGCCGUCGAGGCCCUCCGCCGUUCCAUGUACAAGUUCCCUGGUCGCCAAAAGAUCAUUGUCUCCAAGAACUGGGGCUUCACCCCUCUUCGACGAGAGGAGUACAUCCGUCUCCGACAGGAGGGACGUGUCAAGAUCGAUGGUGCUUACGUCCAGUUCUUGAGAAACAAAGGCCCAGUCGAGACCAACAUGCGAAGAUUCCCAGAUGCUUAUGAGAAUGUUUCCCAGGAGGCAUAGAGCAUGAGUUUUCAAAAGCGGGUUUGGGUUUGAGGUUUCGAUUUGUUUGCUUGUUUUGAUUGAGGCAAUACACAACAGUUAUCUCAGAAAGGAAUAAAUGAAUCAAAUAAUGACAAAAAAAAUGAGCAUAAUACUCCCUUUUCUUGCUCAUAUACGAAGUACCUAUGGCUGCUCUGUAAGAUGAACGCAUGUUUUGAACCGGAUAUUCGACUGUUUUCACACUGAAUUUGUUGGCAUGUCUACAAAACGGGUCGUUUCUAGUGGAUCACAGUGAGAUACUUUGCUCUCGACCAUAUAGUAUUCAUGAAUAUUUAAAAUCAGCGUAAGGUCAGCUAAUAUAGCAUUAUUAUCUAUCCAGUAAUAUAUUGGAUACAGACAAGGUAUGCAAUUAUAUGAGUGGGAAAGUCAAAUAAUGGCACCGUAUGCUGCAGAACUCAUUUCGUCUUGUUAGUAACGUUAUGGCGAAGGGUGACUUAGAGGAAUAAUAUAGGAAUUAUAUGAGUAAAGAGAGACUCCCAUCUAGGUCAACUGCUCCAGUGAGAUAAAAAUAUCAGGUAAAAAUAGUCGAGGCCAUCACUCCAAGGCACGUCAAACCGAAAAACGCCGAUAUCCUCACAGACACUCAAAGUUACACGCGGUUAUGCAAUUCAAUGCAGGUCGAUAAUGAACAAGUUCGAGACACCAUGGCAAGUUUAGAUGUCUCCCCAGCUGCCCAUGCCGCCACCAACAGCUAAUGGAGCAUUGCUACUGCCAGCACUCCCGCUUAUGUCCCAGUAAUGCCUGCUGGAGCCGGUUCGUUUUGUUGAAACAGACUUACGAGUACUUUGGCUCUGGCUUGCACAGCUUGGACUAAUGGAACCACGCAUAUGAUGGUGGUGGUGGUGAUGUUGUUGAUGGCGAUGGAUGCGUGAAGAUUGUUGGCGGAAACGCGAGUUUGCUUCCGCACGAGCAACUAGUGGGUGAUGCUGGCGGAUGAUUGCUGCACGGAUAGGAUCAUGUUGACGCUGUCGUUGAGCUCUAUGUUGUGGAGAGGUAAGCUCGGUGGUAUCGGUGUUAUCGUUGGUGCUACUAGCGUCUCCAGUCGCUGUUGCAGCGAAACGAUUGCGGAGGUAUCGGAACACCAUCUUGAUGUUUAGUUCUCGUUCCCAGUACUCACGGUCACGUUCGCGGCGUUCUGAUUCCGAGAGGAUAUGGCUAGUUUCAGUAUCUCCCUGAGUAGGUGCAUCUUCUUCUAUGCCCCAGAGUGCUGCGUGCCUGGAAGUUGCAGCAUCUUGCAUCGUUGGGUGGAAAGUAGGUGAUGGCACGGAAGUUGUGUUUUCAUGGCUGCUGUGUGAUUCACGCCUGGAGGUCAUGGCUGACACAGUUGGUGUUGCCGUAGGUUGAGAUAUAGGCAUACCAGCAUAUUCUGUUGAGGGAUCAAUGUUGGUCCGCAUAUAUGCGGUGAAUGCCCCGGGGUGUUCGUAGAUUUGAUGGACGAGAAUACCGAGUUCUCGAGCAAUUCGUUCGAGUAGGCGUUCUUGCCACCACCCGUCCCUUGUUGAUGAGCUCAUUACGUUGGGAAUGGUUUCACCUAUGUUGACUGAACUAUCGGUGGUUAAAGUGGUGGUUCGUGGGUAUCUGUUGCCAGUGAAGGAGCUAUCUGGCUGAUUUUGAGGUGGAGUACUGUUGGUAUCACUGUCAGCUAUGUCGGUGACUAGCGAUUCUCCAAAUAUGACGGCGAGAAGAGAGUCAUCGAUUCCAAUGAGACCAUUGAUGACACUGCGAGUAAUUCGUUGCCAGAAUGAUUCAUCCGAAUCCGUAUCAUCACUAGGAGUGGUAUCAACCGUGGUAUCAAGUGCUGCUUGGCUAGCAGUAAGUGAUGCAUCCGUCUUGGAUGUGAUAUCUUCCGAGACUAUGGAUCGAAGUGGGUGCAUUGUGUCAGAGUUCUUGCUUUGUGCCCUUUGUUUUCUCUGUCUGCGUCGUCUCGUUUCCUUUUCUAUCUCCUGUAACAGCACUUUGCUCUGUUCCAUGCGCCACUGCUCGAUUCUCUGCCAUCUCUCCCUCUCCAUACCAAUACCCAUGGUUUGAGAUUCAUUAGCAGUGUCCAGAUGCCUCUGCACACUCGAGCUGCUCCUCUGCCUUGUUUCCCCAAUCCUCCCGGGAUUGAACUGUUCAUGCUGCCAUAACUGCUCUUGUACGUUCACCCCAGAAGGUGAAAACGUUCCCAGUCCAUCAUGAGCCGGUAGCAUGGCAGGGCCGCCGCUCUGGUCCAGCUGUGGGUCUCGAAACGCCUGGAGUCCAUCAUCGAGACUGUCCAGCUCCGUGACAUCGUCCUCCUGCAGGCCUGUGUCCUGAAGUUGCCCUUCCUGGCCUUCUGUCUCUCCGUCAUUUCUUUCGCUGUAAAGCGGACCUGACGAUUGAGCAGCGGUCUCCAAGGACCCAAAGUCACUCAACCGCGACAGACCAGCUGUCCGGGGCGUUCGUUCAGUAGACGCAGUAUGGCUGUGGGCUGCUGUGGACUGGGCCUCU